CUGUCAGUUACAAAAUUGGUUGUGUUUUCGUUGACAAAUUUCUAAUAGAAGCUGUCCGAAAUGUCAGAUCCGAGAGAAAAUAUCGUCAAUUCCGAGUCGGAAAACCUGUGUGUGGUGUGUUGUAAAACGGUGGAAAUCUACUCUGUGGGUAUCUGCGACCACCCCGUGUGUUUCGAGUGCUCCACCAGGAUGCGAGUCUUGUGUAACCAGAACGAGUGUCCCAUAUGCCGGGGACAGAUGCCUAAGGUGAUUUUCACCAAAGAGGUGGCUCCCUUCGCCACACUCUUCUCCAAUUACCAGCACACAAAUCUGCAAGAUCGCAAGUUUGGCUUGAUUUUCUGCUCGGAAGAGAUAAAAAAGGCGUAUCAGCAGCUUCUCGAGUUUCGAUGCGCGAUUUGCACCAAGGCGAGUAGUCGCAAGUGCACAUUUUACACCUUCCAGCAGCUGAAAGACCACAUGAGACGCGAGCAUAAUUUGGUUUAUUGUGAUUUGUGUGUAGAGAAUUUGAAGAUUUUCUGUUUUGAGAGGCGGUGUUACACGAGACAGGAGUUGGGGUACCAUCGCAGGAAAGGCGAUCCUGAUAACACGUCACAUAGGGGGCACCCUUUGUGUGAGUUUUGUGAUACCAGAUUCAUGGAUAGUGACGAAUUGUUCAGGCAUUUGCGACGCAUGCACUUGUUUUGUCAUUUUUGUGACGCCGAUGGCAAACACCAAUAUUACAACUCGAUGGAAGACCUUCAGAAACACUUCCGCGAGGAGCACCACCUUUGCGAGGAAGGAGAGUGCAGUAAUAUGCCACUUACCGCCGUGUUUAGAACCGACAUUGACUUAAAAGCACACAUUGCUACGGAACAUGGUAGACAUUUGAGCAAAUCAGCAAAUAAACAAGCGAGAACGCUUGAAUUUGAAUUCACUCUAGCCCCAAGACCGGGCUCUGAUAGAAACAAAAGACAAACGCGCAUUGAACGGAGUGAUGAAGAAGGUGCAGUUGGCUAUGAUACUGAACCAGGAGGGCCUGGAGGGGGGCUUCGAACCACCACUUUAACACCUCAUGAUUUUCCAGCUUUGGGAAACUCAACCGUGGCGGUUCAAAGUCGUCCUACUACAACUGUCAGUUUUACGUCAAAAUUGAAUACUUAUAAUAGCGAUGAUUUUCCGGCUUUAGGUGGUACUCGGACCCCUGCCGUGACAAUAACCACGGAUUCAGCUUCACGAAAGAAAGGUCCAGGGGUGACCAUAACGCGUACUUUGAGGGGUAGUUCGGCCCAAAAUUUGACAAUGAAUCCGGAGAAUUUUCCGCGUCUAGGUCCGCCAUCUAACGGGACCAGUACCGUACAUUUAAGUUUAAACAAUGUUAAAAAUUCGGCACCGAACGUUUCAAUUCAUGUCAAUCAUAAUGGUGCUAUAACAACCACUCAUAUAACCAGUACGUCGUCACAUUCUAACGGUUUUAAUAUUAAUCAACGACCCGUGGAGGCUUUUCCCGCUUUAGGCAAUACUUCUGUACCUUUAAACCCAAAGUGGGUGCAACAAAAAUCAAAAAAACAAGAAUCGAGAUUAAGUAAAGUGGCACCAGCGCCAUCUUUACCACCAAGUGACUUAACUCAGUUUCCCACUUUGAAGAAAAAUGCGAUGAAAUCGUCAAGUGUCACCGUUCCGGUCUCCGGGACAUGGCCUACAAGCUCAAACAGCAAUAAUAAUAACACUAGCAAAAUCAAUAAAAACAUCGAAAGUUCAAAAAACAAGAAACAAAAAAAGAAAACCGGUGAAGAAGAAAAGAACAAAAAUGAAGAGAACAAAGAAAAGUCAAAGAACGGGAUUGUGAAAAAACGUUCUGAGUUAAAUAUCGGUGCUUUGAGUUUGGAUGAGGCUCGGCCGACGCCUCCUCCCGGUUUCUCCGUUAAACCUCCUCCAGGUUUCAACGUUAGCAAUCAAAAUUUCCCUAGUCUCGGUGCUUCCAAUGAUUUAACAUUUACAAGUAGCAGCGGCCAAUCGUAUUCUAUUAAACCAACAAAUUAUCACCAACCGGCGAAUUUUGUGGCUCGUAAUCAGAACUUAAUAAAACGAGCCAUGAACGUGUUGGAUGGAGACACGAUUAAGGAGUUUAAAUCGUAUUCGGCCAAGUUUAGAGAGGGUGCAAUGAUACCUGAAGACUACCACGAGUAUUGCAAAGCUCUGUUAGGUUCAAGUUUUAAAGAAUUGUUUCCCGAAUUGCUAGUCCUGUUACCAGAUAUCGAGAAACAACAAGACUUGUAUCGGGUUUGCGAUGGGGAUAUUAGGAAAAAUUUAAUCGUUUGUGAGAAUUGCAGUCAAGUCAUUUUUAAAAGGGAGUUGGGAGAGCACUAUAAUUACCACGCUUUAGAAAGCCAGUUUCCCAGUUUGGGGAAAAAUGUCGAGGCGACAAAUGCGUGGAGGAAGUAGAGUAUCCUGUUUUAUUGUUAAUAAAAUGUUAAUUUUAUUCACUUGAUUUUUCGUUUAGCUUGUAACUUUCGCCUUAUGUGAUUUGUUAGAACUAACAAGGUGAUCAUAUGGACUUUUGAACAUUGUAAAUAAAAUUCGUGUUAUAGUUUUGUAUGAACAAAGUUUACGUUUGUAUUUUUAAAUAAGAAUAAAAGUUGCAAUCAA